AUGCCCGAAUCAUCCCCCAAUCCCAUCGCAAAGCUCGGCCACGCCCUCAAACCCUCGACCAUCGCAGCUCGCAUCCACAAGGACGCGGCGCCCGGUGACGGUGGCGACACUGGCAAGACAGCAGCAGAACAGCGGGAGAGAAAGGAACAACACGAGAAGGAGAGGCAACAGGUGGAGAAUGAGAAGAAGCAGAAGAAGGCAGAGCAGGAGAAGGAAGUCGAGGAGAUUGAGCGACGACGGCAGAUUUCAGACCAGCAUGCCGAGCAAACAGAAGAUCCCGAGACACGCGCGAGCUAUGGUGACGUAGAGGAGCUUCAAGACAUCAUUCCUUUGCAAGAGGUUGUCCAGCUCCCUGCAGGUCGGAGGGUCGCUAUUCGAGGACGUAUCCACGCGCAACGUGACGUCUCUGCCCAUCUCGACUUUGUUCUCGUUCGCCAACGCGGGCUUGUCAUACAGGCUGUGCUGUCGGACGAUGAGGGCUCGGAACACAUGGUCAAGUGGGUCCAGCGCCUCGCAGACGAAUCCAUCGUCCAGGUGGUAGGUGUACUGCAAGAGCCGCCCAAGCCCAUCACCUCACAUGUCGACACCCCUCUCGAGCUGCGUAUCGAGCAGAUCCACCUGGUCGAGGCUUCCAACCUCGUCCCCUUCAGCUUGUCUCAUGGCAACCGCCCAGGGAAGUCCACCCGUCUCAAAAACCGCACACUCGACCUUCGCCAUCCCACCAACCAAUCUAUAUUCAAAAUCCGGGCCAAGUUGCUCAAGGUAUUCCGAGAUACGCUCGAUGACUUAGGCUUUUUGGAGAUCAACACGCCCAAGUUGCAGCCGGCAGCGACGGAGAGUGGCGCAGAAGUGUUUAGGGUCAAUUACUUUGGGCGAAAGGCAUUCCUGGCGCAGAGCCCACAGUUGAUGAAGCAGAUGGCGAUUUCCGGCGACUUUGGGCGAGUGUAUGAAGUUGGACCGGUGUUCCGAGCCGAGAACAGCAACACCCACCGCCAUUUAUGCGAAUACACGGGCCUCGACAUAGAGAUGGCCAUUCAACAAGACUACCAUGAAGUUUUCUACGUGCUCGAUGCCGUUCUCAAGAAUAUAUUCCGAGCCAUCCAAGGCAUGUCGCAAGAGCUCGAAAGGGUACGCGAGUCAUACCCCAGCGACGACUUUGUUGCUCUGGAUCAGACGCCCAUCAUCCCCUUCCACGAGGCAAUCCUCAUGCUCCGCGAAGACGGCCGAAAUGUCGAAGAGGAAGACCUCCACACCCCCGACGAGAUCCGUCUAGGGGAGCUUGUCAAGGCCAAGUACGGCGCCGACUAUUACGUCAUUGACCGUUUCCCCAAAUCCGCGCGUCCCUUUUACACCGCCAACGACGGCACAGUGACCAACUCUUUCGACAUGUUUGUCCGUGGGCAAGAAAUCUGCACUGGAGGACAAAGAAUUAACCAGCAUGAUAAGCUUCUGGCCAGCAUGCGAGAGGCCGGGAUCAAUGAGCAGGAGAUGGAGGACUACUUGCAGGCUUUUGCGUGGGGUAUGCCUCCUCAUGGAGGUGCAGGUCUGGGAGUGGAGAGGAUUGUGUCGUUCUUCCUCAAUCUCCCUGAUGUGCGACUUGCCACCAUGUGGCACCGCGACCCCCAAUCUCUUCCCGACAAAGCCCCUACCCUUCCUCAUCCCGACGCCGACACGACCAAAGAAAUUGACCCCAAGAACCCUCCUCCCAUCGAGAACCUUAUUGCCAACUAUGGCGACGCCACAAACACCUCAUGGUUGGACGACAGGUUUGAGAUCUGGCGCGACGAGGAAACUGGCGCUGCCGUGGGGUACUCUCUCCACAGUGAAAAGUUCUGUAUGAUCACUGGCGACCCUCUCUGUGCCGACAAGCAAAAGAAGGAAGUUGCACGCCGCUUCAUUCACUUUGUCAAACACGACGUCAAACGGCGUCCUGUUUGGAUGCUUGUAUCAGAGACGAUGGAGGAGAUCCUCGCCGAGGAGUUUAGCUGGCGUGCUCUGAGCUGUACUCAGGAGCAGCGGAGUGACUCCGACAAGGCCGACCCAACCGUGAUCAACAAUUCCAAGAUCAACAAAGGCGUCUUCAAAAUCCGCGAGGUUGAGCCCACAGACGAUAUACGCGCAGAGUGCGAUAAGAGAAUCGAAGAGUGGAAGUCUGGGAGAGAUGAGAAGGGCAAGCAGGUGCACUUGACGGAAGUUGCGCCGUGGAGAGACACAGAGCAUAGGCGGUACUUUGUUGCCGAGUCGGAGCAUGGGAAGGAGGGCGAGGGCAAAGGCGAGAUGCGAGUGGUUACACUGGUGGUGCUGGCGCAGCUUGCUCCCACCAAGGGUUACCAGCUGAAGUGGGCGUUGGACUUUCCUGGUUCUCCUCACGACGCCAUCGAAUCCACUGUCCAAGCUGCCCUCUCUGCCGUACCUGGGGAGCCCGUUACAUUCGGGACCGCUGUAUCCGAGCGUCUUGUCGCUAAACACGGUAUCAAAGAAGUCCGGGGCAGGUUCAUGGAGAGGACGUAUAAGGGGAUAGUUAAGAGUUUGUCGUUGGACAACAAGGCUGGCUUUAGGGAGAAAUUCGGGGUUAGUGGGGAUUUGACGUAUAUCUGCUAUCCCAAGGGAGGUAUCAAGCCUUACGAGUUGAAGGAGAUUGUCAAGUUUUUCGAAUAA